AUGAGUGUCACUAAAAUUAUCAAGUCUCUUGAGGAGAUUAAUUCGCAAUAUGGAACAAGCUUUGUUCUAAUUACAAAAAGUAUUGAUUUACAUUCGAAAUUUGAAAUAUUCAAUUCUUCUAACUUUGACAGAGAGAAGAUAAACCAUUUGCGGUCAAUUAUCGUUGAUGGAAAUGAAAGGUAUGAAGAUAACAUCUGCGAGAUUAAACCUGUUCUAAAGGAAUGCUACUUGUUAGAAAUCUCGAAGAGAUCGACGCUUCAAUUAUUCGAUCAGUACUACGAUUUAAUGAGCUCGUUAAGUCAGGCUGUUUGCAAGACAAUUGCAAAAGAAUGGAUUAAAGUUGCGGAACCCAAAAAACAAGCCCUUUAUCCUUACAAAUUUUAUAACACUUCCAAACCACCGUGGUGGCCUGCGAGAGUAAAUCAUAUCGAACCGGAUCAUUUGGACAAGGAUAGUAGAAUUAAUGUACUUAUAAACAUCGUACGCAAUCCCUUAUUUGAUAUACAAGCUUUGAAAUUACGAACAAGUGUUUUGGAAUUCAAAUACCCCAUUACACUAAGAAUUUUGAAUGAAAUAUACUAUUUGGCAGUGUAUGACAGGUUAUUCUUUGGAAAAGGAAGAGAAAACGAAGUCCAGGCGGGCAUCCUUUCCAAGUUGGCCCAUGAGGAAAGGGAAAAGCUCGACUCAGAUAAGAUUGGCAUUGUUGUAAGUGAUAUUAGAAGUGCCAGUGCAGGUAUUAGGCACCGUGGUUUAAUUAUGGUGAGACAAAUAAGGGAAGGCUGGCUCAACAAUGAUACUUUUUUGCUCAAUACACUUCCAAGUACAGAUAGAAGCAUUGAAGAUGAAGAUAAUGGAAUCAAAAGAGUCGCCAACAGUAGUGAUACUCCUGAGUUAGAAGACAGAAAAAGAAAAUCCAGUCAAUUAAGUGAGGAAGAAAAUUAUGCUACAGAAGAUAUAAAAAGACAUCAGACAAGUGAGAGCAGUCUAGGGAAUUCACCAGGAAUUAUUCAUGUAAAACAAGAUCCUGAUUACUUGAAUAAUUUUAAGGAAUUUGAUUAUGAAGCAGUGAGUCAAGAAAUCGUCAAUCAUCUUGAUUCUGCAAUGGAAAAUUAUACAAGUUCCCCUUCAUCAGAUGAAUUCUAUAUUUGA